GCGGGAGCGGUGGCGAGGAGGCGGUUACGCCGGCGACGUCGGCUGCGCGAAGUUUCGCGCAUGAGUCGCGCUGGCGCUGGGCCUCGCUACCGAGCUUGCCUGGCCGGUGAGCAGGUCGUCGACUCCGGCUCCUGGAGGAGCGCGGGGAGGAGGAAGGUGUCGUGUCACAACUUAGUCGAAGGCGGCCUGGUCAUGGAAGACACGCAGUCCCUUCCGCAGCCCGAGCUACCUCUCUGCGACAGCCUCAUGAUCUGGCUGCAGACAUUCAAUACUGCUGCACCUUGUCAAGAUGUCAAACAGCUAACUAAUGGAGUGGCCAUGGCCCAGGUUCUUCAUCAAAUUGAUGUAACUUGGUUCAAUGAAUCUUGGUUAAGCCGAAUUAAAGAAGAUGUUGGUGAAAACUGGAGAAUAAAGGCAAGUAAUUUAAAGAAAGUCCUACAAGGAAUUAUGAGUUAUUACCAUGAGUUUUUAGGGCAGCAGAUUUCUGAAGAACUUAUUCCAGAUUUAAACCAAAUAACUGAAUGUUCAAAUUCUGUGGAGCUUGGGAGAUUGCUCCAGCUUAUUUUAGGUUGUGCUGUCAACUGCGAAAAGAAGCAAGAACAUAUUCAAAAUAUAAUGACAUUGGAAGAGUCUGUUCAGCAUGUAGUAAUGACUGCUAUUCAAGAGUUGAUGAGUAAAGAAAUAAUGAGCUCUUCUACAAAUGAUGAUGUUGGAGAAUUAGAGCAACAGCUUAAAAGGGCCUUGGAAGAACUUCAGGAAGCAGUAACAGAGAAAGAAGAGCUGAGACAAAGAUGCCAAGAACUAGACAUGCAGGUGACCGCACUUCAAGAUGAAAAGAAUUCACUGGUUUCUGAGAAUGAGAUGAUGAAUGAAAAACUUGACCAGUUGGAUGGAUCUUUCGAUGAUCCAAAUACAGUGGUUGCAAAAAAGUAUUUUCAUGCACAAUUACAACUAGAACAAUUACAGGAAGAAAACUUCAGGCUCGAAGCUGCAAAAGAUGAUUACCGUGUUCAUUGUGAAGAGCUUGAAAAGCAACUAAUUGAAUUUCAGCAUAGGAAUGAUGAAUUGACUAGUCUUGCUGAAGAAACAAGAGCCCUGAAAGAUGAAAUAGAUAUACUUAGGGCUACUUCUGAUAAAGCAAAUAAACUGGAGUCAACUGUUGAGAUAUAUCGUCAGAAACUAGAAGAUUUGAAUGACCUCCGCAAGCAAGUGAAAACUUUACAGGAAACAAACAUGAUGUAUAUGCACAAUACAGUCAGCUUAGAAGAGGAAUUGAAAAAGGCAAAUGCAGCACGUACGCAAUUAGAAACAUACAAAAGGCAGGUUCAGGAUCUUCAUAUUAAACUUGCUUCAGAAUCCAAAAGGGCGGACACACUAGCAUUUGAAAUGAAGCGACUUGAAGAAAAGCACGAAGCUUUGCUUAAGGAAAAAGAGAGACUAAUAGAGCAGCGUGAUACCCUGAAAGAAACGAAUGAAGAGCUUCGAUGUUCACAAGUACAACAGGAUCACCUAAACCAAACAGAUACAUCUGCUAUGAAAAGUUAUGAGAAUCUUGCUGCUGAGAUUAUGCCAGUGGAAUAUAGGGAAGUAUUUAUUCGACUGCAACAUGAAAAUAAGAUGCUUCGCUUACAGCAGGAAGGGACUGAGAAUGAACGUAUUGCAGAACUGCAGGAGCAGCUAGAACAGAAGCACCGCAAAAUGAAUGAAUUGGAAACUGAGCAAAGGCUGAGCAAAGAACGCAUCCGAGAAUUGCAGCAGCAGAUUGAGGACCUCCAGAAAUCUUUACAGGAACAAGGCUCCAAGUCUGAAGGUGAAAGUUCCAGCAAACUAAAGCAGAAGUUGGAAGCACAUAUGGAAAAACUAACAGAGGUCCAUGAAGAAUUACAGAAGAAACAAGAGCUCAUUGAAGAUCUUCAGCCCGAUGUAAAUCAGAAUGCACAAAAGAUCAGUGAACUUGAAGCUGCUCUUCAGAAGAAAGAUGAAGAUAUGAAAGCGAUGGAGGAAAGAUAUAAAAUGUACUUGGAGAAAGCAAGAAAUGUAAUAAAAACUUUAGAUCCCAAAUUAAAUCCAGCUUCAGCUGAAAUAAUGCUACUUAGAAAACAGUUGGCAGAGAAAGAGAGAAGAAUUGAAAUUCUGGAGAGUGAAUGUAAAGUUGCAAAAUUCCGUGACUAUGAAGAAAAACUAAUUGUGUCUGCCUGGUAUAAUAAGAGUUUAGCUUUCCAAAAACUGGGGAUGGAAUCUAGACUUGUGAGUGGCAGUGGUGCUUGCAAAGACACUGGGGCUUGUACUCCUGCACGGUCAUUUUUAGCACAACAAAGGCACAUCACCAACACCAGAAGAAAUCUCUCUGUUAAAGUUCCUGCUGCAACAUCUGAUUAAACUGCAAAGAAAACAUAAAGAGAAGUGCCCUUAAAAUAUUUUGUACCUUUCAACUAACUACCAUAUUGAAUAGGAAGUUUAUGAUGCUGGAUAUCAGCUAUUUUUAAAUCAAAAUGCAUGAAUUAAUUUUGCCAGCUGAUUUCGUUAAUGAAGUAUAUAAUUUGCCGUCUCUCUGGAGGAAGCACAUUGGAAUAAUUAGAAGAUGUAAUUAGGUAUACAUCUCAAACAAACAUAGCUGUCUUUUGAGAGUAUUAUAAUUUCAAAUUGAUUUUGUAUAUUUUAGUUUUAAUUUUUUCAGUUGUUCCAGUAACUUGAUUAUUUUGCAAUAUGUAAUCAGGAAUAGGUAACCUAAAAAUAUCUAUAUUUGUGUUUUUGUUUUGUUUUGUUUUGGCCCAUAUAAAAAUAGUUUUGAGAUACGCACAUGGAGAGAUAUACAAGAGUGAUUCUUUGACUUGAUAUAUUCAAGUUUUUACUUCUAUCCUUCUAAUUCUGACACUGAAUGAGUAUAUUUUAUCAUGUCAUUGAACAUACAACUUUUGGAAGGUUUGACUGUUGAAAUGAGUUUGCCAGAGCCCAUAGUUCUCAUAUGUACUUACUAUAUCCAAGGACUUCUUUACAGCUUGGUUGAAAUGUUAAGGGUGUAGAAGCAACCUGACCUUUCUAAGAGUAGACUUGCCAAUGGACACCAAGCUUAAAAAUAUAAUUUGUGUAAUAGCUACAUAUUCUUUAAUGUGAUUGAAAGUUUUGGUCGUCAUUUUAAAAUGUAGUCACUUUGAAAUGCUAAUUUAGUUGGCUAAAUCUGUGCUAAUAUGUAGCCACAAGCCACAAGUGGCAAUUUAAAUUCAAAUAGCUAAAAUUAAAAAUUCAGUUGCUUGGUUGUACGCAGCCACAUUUCAGAUGCUCAAUAGCUGGUGUCUUCUGUAUAAAUGUAUAAAGAACAUUUCCGUCAUUACAGAAAAUUCUACCGGACAAGACCAAACUAAAUCUUUUUAUAAUAACUUCAAAAUACUCUGGUGUAGGGCCACAAAAAUAAGAGGAAAAAUGUUAGAACUAUUUUACAUACGAAAAAGAAUUGAAUUGUGAUCUAACUAGAAUCGUACUUUCUUUACAGUUUGAGUACAUUGUUGUGACAUCCAUAGUUAGAUCUUUCCAGUGUUUUCUAGCACUAUACAACGACUACACAGUAAGAGGAUUCCUUGACCAGGAGCCAGCAAACCCUAUAAAGGGCCAGUUAUUAAAUAUUUAGGCUUUGUGAGCCAUAUGCUCUCUGUCACAGCUAGUCAACUGCUGCUUUAAUGUGAAAGCAGCCACAGACAUGGAAACAAUGGGCAUGGCUGUGUUCCAAUAAAACUUCACUUACACAAAUGGGAGGUGGAUCAGAAUUGAACUGAGGGCUUUAGAUCCCUGGUCUAGACCUUUAUUCUUAGCCUUUCUUUUCAAAUAUGACUGUUGUUUCAUUCACAGUAUUAUGCAUUUAGACACCUGGUUUUUAGAUUCUUCUAUAAAUUUAUCUAAUCACUCAAAAUACAAGAAUUCCAUACUGCAUUUGGAUUUCUGAUAUUAGGGAGCAUCUUUCAGGAUAUUUUCUUUUAUCAGGGUUACUUCAGCUGACUACCUCUUAGAUCUUGAUGUUUUUUAUUUAGUGCAAUUAUAUUGUUGGUUUGCAUUUUUGUAGAUUCUUGUAGUCUCUGCUUGCUUGUGACUUUUAAUGAAAUGAAACAAACCUUGGAAAAUAUUUUAGCAUGCUAUUAAAAAUUUUCUAAAUAUUAUGGCAUUUGGUAUAUUUUGGUCAAUGAAGAAACAUUUGCCCCUUUGGUGUUUACUACUUGCUUAUAAUUAAGAUUUACCAGCUCUUCAAGCUCCCUUUUUAUGGCAUUUAUUCUAGAACAUCAAUUUCAACAAGUUAGUAUUUUCACAGUUCAGUUGCUCUUAACUUUCUGAUUAUUAUACUUGGACUUUCUAAAUAAUUCAUACAAUGUUUGAAUAAGAACAUAAGCUUGAUUCUUUUUCUUAAUGGAGAAUAGGUAAAUUUUCUGAUUGAUAAUUUUUCUAAUUGUUAAGUAGAAUUUAAAGUGUUUGAUAUGCCAGUAUUUAUACAAGACUAAUUUAAAGUUCUAUGUUGUGAAUAAUCAUACAGAAAUUCAGGAACUGAUCAGAAGUGAAAUUCUUUUCACAUCUGGUUAAUUUAGUGAGAUUGACACCCUGUGGGUGGUAAAGCAUUAUAAAUAUUUCAUUAUGAACCAUGAUUAAUAUACAUCUGUGUUGUAAGAGAGGCUUGAAUGUAUGUACUAUGAAAGAGAAAUUCAGCAUUUAGCUAUUUGAUAAGGAAUUGAAUGGCCUAUGAUUAUAAAGUAAAACCACAGAACAAUUUGGAAAUGACCUUUAAUUUUGAGCAUUUGCUCUAAGAUUUAUAUUCAUUUCUCUCUUUUUAAAAUAAAACGUUUGUAUAUAUAACUGAUGUUUAUCCUGAUACUCAUUAAAUGUAUUGUGAAAUAUUUCAAGUUGAUUCUAUUUUUCCAAUGAAUAAGGCUAAUGAACUAAUGACUUAGUAUAAAUUAAGAGUUAAUGUCUUGUUAUCUAGAAACAUUAAACUGAGUAUCCUUCAAUAAAUGUCAUCAUCUUUGAUAAAUUGAGUGCUAAUUUGAACGUUAGAUAAUGCUUCCACUUCUACCAUAUCUGGUCCUAUGAGGUGACUUACGGACCACAGUCCUGUCUUUGUUAAGUUCUCUAUAUGUACAUACAAUGAGAAACAUUCCUGUGUAAAAAUGUAUUGUAUGCAUAAAUUUUUAUCAUGAAACUGUACAUUCUCAAAGAAAUAGUUUGGAAAUUUGUAAAGCACAAUCAUAAAGAAAAGAGUACGCAGUUAUUAAACUUGAUGUAGUUUAAAUGUAAUGUUUAUAAAAGGUCCUUUCUAUUUUCUAUGGGAAAGACUCUGACACUUGAAAAAUAGAAGCAAUAUUUGAUUUAUUUUUGUAAGUAUGUAGCAUAUUAUUUUAAAUAAAUGAUUGUCCAAUAACUAUAAUAUAUGUGAAAUGUUUUAAGUAAAUAAACUCUUUGCUUCUGUAUAUGCUGGGUUUUAGUGGAUACAAAUGUAUGCUCUUUGCUGCGUUAAAUAAAGGAUUUAAAAUAUUUGAAUUGGUAAAGAAAAAUACAUUGCAUUAAUUUUAUUCUAAUUUUGUUUUUCCUUUGAAAACUUCUUGAGAAUGAAAUGAUGUACAAAAGUAAUUUUUUAGUGUGCCCUCUUAUGUCUCCAGUUUCACCAGUGGAAAUGAAUGUAGACAUCCUACAUUAGCAUGAAGUCCAGAACUUUUCUGUUUGAAAGGUUUAUCUUUGGCAGACUGCUGUUUAUCCUAGUAUCUGUUCUCCUCUUCUUCCUUUAGUUAUAGAAUUCCAAAUCUUAACGUGUUACAUUACUAUCCACAAAAAAAAAUAGUUGUAUUUCCCAGACUCCUUUGUCUGGGUGGAGCCAUUUGACUAAGUUCUGGCCAAACAGGAUAUUAGUAUUAGUGGUGUAUGCGUGUUAAAAGCAUGAGCAUGCAUUUCUUCGCCCUUUUCUCCUCUCCCUGAGCUGGCUCAGAAAAUAUUUUCAACUAUGUGACUGAGGGUAACAUUCUCAGGGACAGUAGAACAACAAGCUAGAAAGAACUUGGGUCCCUGACACCAUCAUUUAGCCAUAUCAGCUGCAAACUUCCUGCCCAGAUUUCUCUUGUUUUAAAGCUACUUAUAUUCUGUGUUUUCUUUGUUCCAGUAUCCUAUCUUACUUCUUAAUUUAUACACGUUUGUCAAAAAUGAGUUGUGAAAUUGAGUUUUAGAAAAUUGCAAAUGUCCAUGUUCU